ACGUAACCGACCACCUUGAAACCUUAUAAAAGAGUCUCUCUUUGCUUAAUUCCUGAUCACACCCACUUUUCUUGCUUCCUCUCCUCGAUUUCUAACUCCUCCAGGUCCCGCUCACUUGUGUUUUUUGAAGGAGUGUGUUUUUCGGAGGAGAGGAAUAUAUAAAACACCCCCACCACUAUCGAUCCCCUUGUGUUCCUCGUAAUUUUUUCAAUUCUUUCUCCAAACACAAACAGCUAGAAACAAGAAGAAAAAAAAACAAAAAAGAAGGAAUACUAGCCAAAAGGUCUAAGAUGCUUGCAGAACAGAAAUUCCAAAAGACAUACCCGACAGUCACCGAGGUAUUGGAAGAAGUAAGGAGAAUGACAGACAUAGGGUUCCCAAUAGCAGCCAUGAGUCUUGUGGGUUACCUCAAAAACAUGACCUUAGUUGUGUGCAUGGGAAGAUUGGGAAGCCUGGAAUUAGCCGGAGGUUCUUUGGCCAUAGGCUUGACCAACAUAACCGGUUACUCUGUCCUCUCAGGUCUAGCCAUGGGCAUGGAACCCCUCUGCACCCAAGCCUUCGGUUCUCGAAACUUGUCCUUACUCUCUCUAACUUUGCAGAGAACAAUUCUCAUGUUACUGCUAUUUUCUCUCCCCAUUUCUCUUCUUUGGCUCAACCUCGAAUCUCUCAUGCUAUGCCUUCGCCAGAAUCCAGACAUAACCCGAGUAGCAACCCUCUAUUGCCGCUUCGCAAUUCCAGACCUCAUUGCCAAUAGCUUCCUCCACCCUCUUCGAAUCUUCCUACGUAGUAAAGGCACAACUUGGCCACUGUUGUGGUGCACUUUACUAUCCAUUCUUCUACACCUUCCAACCCUCACUUUUCUAACCUUCAAACUUAACCUUGGCGUGCCGGGAAUCGCUAUCUCAUCCUUUGUUGCCAAUUUUAGCAACCUUUUCUUCCUUCUUUUGUACAUGUUCUAUACACGUGUCCCCAAGGAGUCCUUACACGUGUCUUUACUAAUGUCACAUAAUAAUUUAAUAAUAACAUGUAGCAGCAGUACUAGUACUAUUGCCAAGGAAUGGGGUAUGCUAAUGAAAUUUUCGAUACAAAGUUGUCUAGCUGUUUGCUUGGAAUGGUGGUGGUACGAGUUGAUGACAAUUUCAGCAGGUUACCUUGAUAACCCUCGUGUUGCUCUAGCCACUGCUGGCAUAGUGAUACAAACCACGUCUCUUAUGUACACUUUGCCAACGGCACUAAGUGCAUCAGUGUCAACCAGAGUAGGAAAUGAACUUGGAGCGGGGCAGGGUGAAAGGGCAAAUUUGUCAACGGUGGUGGCAAUAGGAUUAGCACUUGUAAGCUCAAUAUUUGGUUUGUUGUGGACCACAAUGGGAAGAGAAAGGUGGGGGAGAGUGUUCACUAGUGAUAGCGAGGUGUUACAAUUGACCGUGGCAGUGUUACCUAUAAUUGGACUGUGUGAGUUAGCCAAUUGUCCGCAAACCACAAGCUGUGGAAUCCUUAGAGGAAGUGCUAGGCCUGGUAUUGGGGCUGUUAUUAACUUUUGCUCAUUUUACUUGGUAGGAGCACCAGUGGCAAUUGUUUUAGCCUUCUAUUGGAAACUCGGGAUGGUUGGUCUGUGUUAUGGGUUGCUGGCAGCACAAAUCGCAUGUGUGGUGUCAAUUUUUGGUGUGGUAUAUAAGACUGAUUGGGAAAGAGAGUCAUUGAAGGCUAGAUGCUUGGUGGGAAAGGCUUCAUGUGGCACAUUUGCAUAUGAUGAGGACCAAACUGAUGCACUCAAAUGUGAAGAAGGUGUUGUCUUUCUCAACUCCCAAAAGUGAACAAGAUACGUCCCCGAUUCACACUAGUGUUGAAGAAAUAUAGACCAUAAAGCAAGCGUAUGGCAUUACUCAAAGCAAACUUCAACCUAAAAUUAUUAUGAUUCUUUUAGCUAGUAUUGGGAAAAUUUAUUUUUAUUCACACUCCAAAUCUUACAUCCUUCCCCUGUAUUUGUGUGUGAUUAUACGUGUGCAUUUACAUAACCAAUUGUGAUCAUAUAUUUUUUUUCCUUGCAGCCUUGCAAGGUCUAGGAAGAUGGUGUCAUGAUAUAUAAUUGAUAUGUAAUUGUAAUAGUAAGGUUUAUCUAAUUUGUGCUUGAUUAGUAUAACAGAUCGAUUUAUAUAUGUCAGCCGCAUGAUUCGAAUAGUGAGUGGUUUUUUA